UAUGCAGAAGUUAUUCUCAGUCCUGCCUCUAGGCCACCUGCUGCAGGCUGAGUUGCUGUGAGAGGCUCUUCUGCUGUAGGCUUUCUCUCUCACUGAAUCCCAGCUGCCAGAAUGGUGGUAGAGCUUUUUCUGGAUCUCCUCUCCCAGCCCUGCCGAGCCCUCUUUAUAUUUGCCAAAAAAAACAACAUCCCAUUUGAGUUCAAGCAUGUGGAUCUGCUAAAAGGGCAUAACCAUAGUGAAGACUUUGGCAAGGUGAAUGCGCUGAAGAAAAUACCAGCGAUAAAGGAUGGAGCCUUCACCUUAGCAGAGAGCAUUGCAAUCCUUCUCUAUCUGAGCCGAAAAUUCAACACCCCUGAUCACUGGUACCCUUCAGACCUGCAGAAACGGGCCCGGGUUGACGAGUACUUGUCCUGGCAGCACGCUACCAUUCGGGAGAAAGGGUGCAAAAUUUUCAUAACCAAGGUACUGGUGCCUCUCAUUCUAGGGCAGCCAUUUUCUCCAGAGACGCUAGAGGAGAAUGUCGAGGAACUGAAUUCUGCUCUGAAGCAGUUUGAGGAAAAGUUCCUGCAGGACAAGCCCUUCAUUGUGGGCAACGAGAUCUCCCUGGCAGACCUGAUGGCUGUUGUGGAGCUCAUGCAGCCUGUAGGCAGUGGCUGUGACAUCUUUGAGAACCGGCCCAAGCUGGCAGAGUGGCGCAGCCGGGUGGAGGAAGCUGUGGGGAAGGAGCUCUUCCAGCAAGCGCAUGAGCUAAUCCUGAAUGUCAAGGAUCUGAGCAUCCCUCAAGUUCCCCCAGAACUGAGGGAUCAUAUGAAACAGCUUCUAAAAACUUGAAUUAAAAAGGGAAAGUGUCCCUCUAAGCAAAACUAA